AUGGCUUCGACGUCCUUCCACGCGAAUUUCGUCAUCGUCGGAGGUGGAAUCAGCGGAGUGACGUGCUGCCAGGAGUUGUCGCGGAUUGCGGGGGAUUCAAAGAUCGCUCUCGUAGCUGGGUGUGGGUUGCUCAAAGGAGCAUCAAAUGUGGUGAAGCUUUCGCGGCACUUGAACAUGUUCGAGAUCGUUGAGCAGCCACUCGAUUCCUUGAACAGCUCAAACACCUUGGUGUUGUCCUCGAAGGCGAAAGAUCUUGACGUGGAGGGAAAGAAGAUCAAUCUCAGCGACGGGUCGCUCCUCUCCUUCGACAAACUUUGCAUCUGCACUGGGGCGAGACCGAAGGUUUUGUCUUCGCACCCUCGCGUGCUGAGCUUGCGAGACACGGAGAGCGCAAAAUACCUUCAGUCUCGCGUGAAAAGGGCUAGGAGGGUCAUGGUCGCAGGGAACGGAGGGAUCGCGAUGGAGCUGGUCCACGAGAUAAGGGAUUGCGAGGUAGUCUGGGCCGUCCGUGACGGACACAUCGGAAACGCCUUUUUCGACGAGGAGGCCGGUCGAUGGAUGUUCCCCACCCUCGCCGACCGGCUCGUCGACGAACUUUCCUCCCUCAACCACCUCCCCCUCCCACAAUCUGUGGAGGAUGAGGCAAGCGCUGCUCGGGCGGAGAGCGGCGUGCGGGAGAGGGGCAGCUCCCUGGGCCCUCAGUGGCAGACGGGAGCCUUCGGCGUCGACUAUAGGGUGCAGGAGCCUCGGAUCAAAGCUGGGCUGGGGACUCUCAAGGGAUCGCUGUCUGAGGCUUCCCCGGUCUUUGUCAAGUUCGGGUGUGAGGUUGUCUCGGUGGAGGGUAACGAGCAGGAUCAGCACGGGUGGCCCCUUAUGGUCUCGCUCUCUUCCGGUGAAAUUGUUGGAUGCGAUUAUCUCAUCUCAGCCAUCGGAGUCGUUCCCAACUCAGAACUCGUCAAGAACUCGGGCGUGAUUGCACUGGAUGCCAACGACGCUAUCGUGGUUGGUUCAGAUAUGGCAUCAUCAGUCAAGCACGUGUUCGCUGCAGGAGAUGUCUGCUCCGUCCAGCUGCCCCCCGACAGUCAGGAUGCAGGAGGAGGUUCCUCUUGGUUCCAGAUGAGAUUGUGGAGCCAAGCACAACAGCAGGGCUUGUGGGCAGCUCAGUGCAUGCUCGGAAACGCUGAUCCUCUGCGAUCUCCCUUCGACCUGUUCGCGCACGCGACUUACUUCUUCGGCUACAAGGUUGUCCUGCUCGGGAGGUACAAUGGGCAAGCGCUGAACCAUGACUCUCCAAGUUUCAAAAUGCUGAAGCGAGAGGAAGCGGGCAAGGAGUUCAUCCGGGUGAUCCUCUACGAGGGGAAGAUUGAAGGCGCCGUGCUACUUGGCGAGACCGACCUUGAGGAGACCUUCGAGAACCUGAUCCUCAACCGAUUAGACGUCAGCUUUCUCGGCGACAGAUUGCUUGACCCCAGCCUGGACCUUGAGGACUUCUUUGACUAA